GUUGGGCUUCCGGGUCGGGCCCAUGGAGGCGCAGGCCGGGCGCAGGGUUGGCUGGGCCGAAGGGGCGCGCCCCACACUCUCGUGCUGGGCAGCAGCCGCUCCCUCCGAACCUCGAGGCCUCAACUUUACCGGUGCUCAAGGACAAUGUGCGAUCUCAUCUGACUGGCAGAGCGAGAAGUACAGUAAGACAGCUCCAGUUUCCAAGACCUAUUGAUGACAAAUGAGGACUUACUGUACUGGGAUUCAAGAGGACGAAUCACUAUAGGAUGGUGAGCUGACAGUGGAAACCUAUAGGCAAAGUACUGCUCAGGAUGAAUAUUAUUUGGAGAAAUUCCACUUUCUGCCUAAGGCUAGGAAAGGUGCCACACAGAUACCAAAGUGGGUACCAUCCAGUGGCCCCUCUGGGAUCAAGGAUUUUAACUGACCCAGCCAAAGUUUUUGAACACAACAUGUGGGAUCACAUGCAGUGGUCUAAAGAAGAAGAAGAAGCAGCCAGAAAAACAGUAAAAGAAAAUUCAGCUGUGCGAGUCCUUCUGGAAGAGCAAGUUAAGUAUGAGAAUGAAGCUAGUAAAUACUGGGAUACCUUUUACAAAAUUCAUAAGAAUAAGUUUUUCAAGGAUCGUAAUUGGCUGUUGAGGGAAUUUCCUGAAAUUCUUCCAGUUGAUCAAGAAACUAAAGAGAAGGUGGGAGAAUCAUCAUGGAAUCAUGUAGAAACUAAGGCUGCAAACUGUUCCUCAAGAAUGCACUGCCCUGCUAUGCCUGAAGAAACAAAUCAUUAUAAGAAAAAUUCUGACCCUUCAGAUGGUCAAAGCAAAGCAGGGUCUGAUUUUUCCAACUUAGACUCUGAAGAACACAGAAAAGGACCUCUGAAAACUGAAUUGUUUCCUGGUAGCAAUGCCACUUUCAGAAUACUGGAGGUUGGCUGUGGGGCUGGAAAUAGUGUUUUUCCAAUUCUGAAUACCUUGCGGAACAUUCCGGAGUCCUUUCUUUAUUGUUGUGAUUUUGCUUCUGGAGCUGUGGAGCUAGUAAAGUCACACUCGUCCUACAGAGCAGCCCAGUGUUCUGCCUUUGUUCAUGAUAUAUGUGAUGAUGGCCUACCUUACCCCUUUCCAGAUGGAAUCCUGGAUGUCAUUCUCCUGGUCUUUGUGCUCUCUGCUAUUCAUCCUGACAGGAUGCAGGGUGUUGCAAACCGACUGUCCAAAUUACUGAAACCUGGGGGAAUGCUGUUAUUUCGGGACUAUGGAAGAUAUGAUAAGACUCAGCUUCGUUUCAAAAAGGGACAUUGUUUAUCUGAAAAUUUUUAUGUUCGAGGAGAUGGUACCAGAGUAUAUUUCUUUACAAAAGGGGAAGUCCACAAUAUGUUUUGCAAGGCCGGUUUAGAUGAAAAGCAAAAUAUGGUUGAUCGUCGCUUGCAAGUUAAUAGGAAAAAACAAGUGAAAAUGCACCGAGUGUGGGUUCAAGGCAAAUUCCAGAAACCAUUGCACUGGACAAAUAGCUCCAAAUUGGUAGUUUCACUCCUUUCUCAUGACUGAACUAGGUACCAUGUUAAGGUGUAAAACCAGAGGACUAUAUUAUUUAAAGACUCCUACAAAUCUUUCAUUUCUCAAAAGACAAUAAAAAGAGAAUUUAUAUUUCUUAUUGUUUUAUCAUAGGUGAGCUCUUUUGUACAUUUUAAGCACAUGUAAGUGAUUUGGAAGAAUGCGCCUUUUUCUGUGUUUUGAAAACUUGAUAUGCCCAAGCUUGUUUGGGUUUAUUACAUCUAAUCAUUUUGCUUGUUCCUUG